UUGAAAGCAAAAUGGCGGAUGUUCUUGAUGUGGAUGUGGAAGACAAAGGUGGUUUUUCAGAAGACGAAGGCGAUGACGGAAUUCAGAGAUUGAAGUCUACUGUCACAAAGCGCAAAGGAAGAGGAUUCAAAGCGAGUGAUUCAUCCUCACGUGCCCAAGAACAGUAUGAAUCCAUGGAAACUGAUGAGGCUAGUGGAACAGGCCCAGCACGAUCUGUCGAAGGUUGGAUUCUGUUUGUUACCAAUGUUCACGAAGAAGCUCAAGAAGAUGACAUUCAUGACUUAUUCUCUGAAUAUGGAGAAAUAAAAAAUCUUCAUGCCAAUUUGGAUAGAAGAACUGGCUUUCUGAAGGGUUAUGCACUGGUGGAAUACGAGACAUUCAAAGAAGCCGAAGCGGCAAUGGAAGCCUUGAAUGGGUCAGACCUUCUGGAGCAAAAAAUAUCUGUGGAUUGGGCAUUUGUGAGAGGGCCAAGAAAAUCUGCAGGAUCUGGGAGAAGGAGAGACACAAGAAGAUACUAGACCAUUGUUUAAUUUUCACCUAAAGUACUGAUUAGUUUGUUUUUCUUCUCAUGUGUUUUGUAACAAAUGUAUCAACUGUACACAUAUGAUUCUCACGUUACUACUGAGUAGGGAUAUUGAUUUAGAGUUGCACAUCUUGAUGCUUAAAAUAUCAUCACUAAGGUACAUGAACAAGGACUGAAGCUUUUUGAUAUCAUGAAACAUUAUUAACUCUGUCUCACUGUGACCAAAUUAUAAGUUUAUCCUUUAGUUAUGUCUUCAACUUCGAUUCUGAAGCCAGACUAUGGCAGUCACAAACUAAGGUGGAUAAAGAAAGUGCAGUAGAGCGCAUGAAAAACAAAAGAGUCUUAUGGAAACUUGUUAUUCACACCCAACUGUAUUUUAGCUCUGAUUGCUUGUUAUAAAAUUGUUAAGUAUCAUACUGCAGUUAAUUACUCUACGCAUUUUAUUAUCUUCUGUCGUAAAUCUUCUCACAUAAAAUAUAUGCUGGUUACGUAGAGAUUGUAAAUUACUUGGAGAAUUCACUGCUUUUAGUUUUUAAUAAA